AUGCGUGACACACCCCUUUUCCUGGGAUGGCAUGACUCGGACCUUGUGGCAGACGAUGAGGUGGUGCUCCAGAGUGUGGCCGCCAUCGAGAAGGAGCACCGCAAGUUCUGCCUGGCCGCGGAGGGCCUGGGCAACCGGCUCUGCUACCUCGAGUCCACCUCUGAGGCCAAGUAUGUUCCUCCAGACUUGUGCAUCUGUAACUUCGUGCUGGAGCAGUCUCUGUCGGUGCGAGCUCUGCAGGAGAUGCUGGCGAACACCGGGCAGAGCAGCGAAGGGAGUGCUGACCAUGAAAAAUGGAGGUUGAUUAAAAGGGCGGGACAAGGAGGGGGUCACCGGACCCUCCUUUAUGGUCAUGCCAUCCUCCUACGACACUCCUUUAGUGGAAUGUAUCUGACCUGUUUGAAGACAUCACGGUCUUUGACAGACAAGUUGUCCUUCGAUGUGGGACUACAAGAAGACUCAAUAGGUGAGGCUUGCUGGUGGACCAUUCAUCCUGCCUCUAAGCAGAGGUCAGAGGGAGAGAAGGUCCGAAUUGGAGACGAUCUGAUCCUUGUGAGCGUCUCCACAGAGAGAUAUCUGCACCUCUCCGCCUCCAAUGGGAACUUCCAGGUGGACGCUUCUUUCAUGCAGACUCUGUGGAACGUCCAGCCCACCUGCUCCUCGGCCAACAUGGCUGUAGGUUAUUUGAUUGGUGGCCAUGUUAUGCGACUUUGUCAUGGACACGAUGAGAGUUUAACCAUCCCAGGAGCAGACAAGAGUGAAGAGGAGCAAAGGAUAGUGAACUAUGAGGCAGGGAAAGGAGCAUCCAGGGCCCGAUCGCUGUGGAGACUGGAGCCGUUGAGGAUCAGCUGGAGUGGUAGUCACAUCCGAUGGGGACAGCCUUUCCGACUACGCCACCUCUCCACGGGCUAUUACCUGGGACUGACUGAAGACAAGGGCCUGGUUCUUCAGGACAGGGAGAAGUCGGAUACCACUGCCACGGCUUUCUGCUUCAGGCCCUCCAAAGAAAAGGGUGACAUGGGCCCAAAGCGAGACAUCGACGGCAUGGGUGUACCUGAGAUUAAGUACGGAGACACCAUGUGCUUUGUUAUGCACGUGGCUACAGGACUGUGGCUGUCCUACCAGGCUCCUGACGCCAAAGCCUCCCGCCUCGGCCCGCUCAAAAGAAGGGCCUGCUUACACUCUGAGGGUCACAUGGACGAUGGGCUGAUCCUCCAGCGCUGUCAGCACGAGGAGUCUCGAGCUGCACGAAUCAUCCGUAACACCACCUUCCUCUUCAGCAACUUCAUCAAAGCCUUAGACAGCACAACGGAGGGUGACUCCCAGGUGGCAGGGUACAUAGAAGAGGUGCUUCAGACACUCAAUGACUUGAUUGAGUAUUUCAAGCAGCCAGACUCUGAGCUGGAGCACGAAGAGAAACAAACCCUCCUACGGUCACUCAUUAAACGCCAAGACCUCUUCAAAGAGGAGGGUAUGCUUGCUCUCUUGGUCAAAUGCAUUGACCGAAUGAAUGUGUACAACAAUGCUGCACAUUUUGGAGAAGUAGCUGGAGAGGAAGCUGGUGCAGCAUGGAAGGAGAUUUGCAACCUUCUUUAUGAACUUUUGGCUGCCUUGAUCCGUGGCAACAGGACCAACUGCGCCCAGUUUUCCAAGAACCUCGACUGGUUAAUCAGUAAACUGGAGAGGCUGGAGUCUUCAUCAGGAAUCCUGGAAGUCCUCCACUGUAUCUUGGUGUUAAGUCCCGAGGCUCUGAACAUCAUCCAAAAAAGUCACAUCAAGUCUAUUAUUUCUCUGCUCUACAAAAAUGGACGGAACCAUAAGAUUCUGGACGUCCUGUGCUCUCUGUGUGUCUGUAAUGGAGUUGCAGUCAGAGCCAAUCAGAACUUGAUCUCUGACCACCUGCUUCCUAAGAGGGACCUGUUGCUUCAGACCAAACUUGUCAAUGAUGUUCAGAGCAUAAGACCCAACAUUUUCCUUGGUGUGGCUGAGGGUUCGGCGCAGUACAAAAAGUGGUAUUUUGAGCUGGUGAUCGACCAGGUGGACCACUUUGUUACUGGAGAGCCCACUCAUCUGAGGGUGGGCUGGGCCAACACUAAAGGCUAUGCUCCGUACCCCGGUGGAGGAGAGGGAUGGGGAGGCAAUGGUGUUGGGGACGACUUGUACUCCUACAGCUUUGAUGGGCUUCAUCUGUGGUCAGGCCGAAUCCCCCGAGCCGUGGCCUCCAUUAACCAGCACCUGCUGAACUCGGACGAUGUGGUGAGCUGCUGUCUGGACCUGGGUGCUCCGUCCAUGUCCUUCAGGAUCAACGGGCAGCCGGUGCAGGGCAUGUUCGAGGACUUCAACACCGACGGCUUCUUCUUCCCUGUUGUCAGUUUCUCUGCAGGGGUCAAGGUCCGUUUCCUGUUAGGUGGCCGUCAUGGAGAUUUUAAGUUUCUGCCCCCUGCUGGUUACUCUCCUUGUUACGAAGCACUGCUGCCCAAAGAGAAGAUGCAUGUGGAGCCCGUGAAGGAGUACAAGAGGGACCAUGAAGGUGUCCGAGAUCUGCUGGGAACCACAAAGUUUCUGUCUCAAGCCUCAUUCAUCCCCACACCUGUUGACACCACACAGGUCGUUCUCCCCCCUCUGCUGGACAAUGUCAGAGAUAAACUGGCAGAGAACAUCCAUGAACUGUGGGCAAUGAACAAGAUUGAGCUUGGCUGGACCUAUGGCAAGGUUCGGGAUGACAACAAGAGGCAGCAUCCUUGCCUUGUGGACUUUUCAAAGCUGCCAGAAACUGAAAGAAACUACAACUUGCAGAUGUCCAGUGAGACAUUAAAAACCCUAUUGGCACUGGGGUGUCAUGUUGCUCAGGUGAAUGUUCACGCUGAGGACGAUCUGAAGAAAAUCAAGCUUCCCAAAGACUAUAUGAUGUCUAAUGGAUAUAAGCCUGCGCCACUAGAACUUUCUGACUUAAAGCUGAAUGCAGGUCAAGAGUUUCUAGUUGAUAAACUGGCCGAGAAUGCACACAAUGUGUGGGCCAAAGACAGAAUUAAACAAGGUUGGACCUAUGGUAUCCAGCAGGAUUUGAAGAGUAGACGCAAUCCCCGUCUGGUGCCAUAUGCUUUAUUGGACGAGCGCACUAAGAAGUCAAACCGUGACAGUCUACGAGAGGCCAUCAGGACUCUCGUGGGAUAUGGUUAUGACAUUGACCCUCCGGAUCAAGAGACUGUUCAUGUAAAUGAUGAUCAGAGUAUUGAGACUAUCCGCUUCUUCCGAGUGGAACAAACGUAUGCGGUCAAAACAGGGAAGUGGUACUUUGAGUUUGAGGCCAUCACUGGAGGCGACAUGAGAGUGGGCUGGGCCAGACCAGGCUGCAGACCUGAUGUUGAGCUCGGCAUAGACGACCAGGCAUUUGUCUUUGAUGGAUACAAGGGCCGACGUAUGCACGCAGGCAGCCGUUACUUUGGCCAGCCAUGGAAGAAGGGCGAUGUUGUUGGUUGUAUGAUCAACAUGGAGGACAAAUCCAUGAUUUUCACUUUGAAUGGAGAGCUUUUAAUCACCAGCAAAGGCUCUGAGCUUUGCUUUGCUGAUUUUGAGACUGGCGAUGGUUUUAUCCCUGUGUGCAGUAUGGGCCAGUCUCAGAUUGGCCGUAUGAACCUGGGUAAAGACGCCAGCACACUCAAGUUUUACACCAUGUAUGGGCUUCAGGAGGGCUUUGAACCAUUUGCUGUCAACAUGAAUCGAGAGAUCACCAUGUGGUUCAGCAAACGCCUGCCCACAUUUGUCAACGUGCCUCCGGACCACAUGCAUGUCGAGGUAACAAGGAUUGACGGCACAGUGGACAGUCCGCCCUGCCUCAAAGUCACCCACAAGACUUUUGGCACACAGAACAGUAACAGUGAGAUGGUGUACUGCAGGCUGAGCAUGCCUGUGGAGUUCUACUCUGCAGACAUGAUACUGGAUGAGUCGCACAAACUCAGCCAGCCUCCUAAAGAAGACGGGACAGUUGACUAUGGAAGCAUCACAAUGUAUUACCACUCUGUGAGAGUGUUUGCAGGACAGGACCCUGCCUCCGUUUGGGUGGGCUGGGUCUCUCCAGAUUAUCAUUACUACAGCAAGAACUUUGGACUCAGCAAAACACGCACUGUCACUGUGACUCUGGGAGACGAGCGUGGACGUGUCCAUGAAAGUGUCCAGAGGAGUAACUGUUACAUGGUGUGUGGAUCGGAUGCAGUUGGGCAGUCCUCUAACUCAGACCUGGAGAUUGGCUGCUUCAUUGAUCUGGCUUCUGGCCUGGUCACCUUCACUGCCAAUGGCAAGGAGCUGCCCACGACAUAUCAGGUUGAACCAAAUACUAAGCUGUUUCCUGCUGUGUUUGUGCGGCCCACAAGCCCCAACCUCUUCCAGUUUGAAUUUGUCAAGAACAAGGAUGCCAUGCCCCUCUCGUCAGCCAUGUUCAAGAGUGAGCGCAGGAACCCCGUGCCACAGUGCCCUCCUCGGCUCGAUGUGCAGACCAUUGUGUCGGUGCUGUGGAGCCGGAUGCCAAACACAUUCCUGAAUGUGGAGACGGCUCGUGUCAGUGAGAGGCACGGUUGGGUCGUCCAGUGUCUGGAGCCUUUGCAGAUGAUGGCCGUGCAUAUCCCAGAGGAGAACAGGUGUUUGGACAUCCUGGAACUGUCUGAGCUUGAGGACUUGAGGAAGUUUCACUAUCACACGUUGAAGCUGUACUGUGCCCUGUGUGCCCUGGGUAAUACUCGUGUGGCUCAUGCCCUCUGCAGCCAUUUGGACCAGUCCCAACUGCUCUACACUAUCGACAACCAGUACCUCUCUGGCAUGCUCCGAGAAGGCUUCUACAGUGUCCUCAUGAGUAUCCAUCUUGAAACGGCAAAAGAGGCUCGCCUAAUGAUGAACAAUGAGUUCAUUAUCCCAGUCACAGAUGAAACACGUUCCAUCCGGCUGUUCCCAGAUGAGUCUAAGAAGCACUCUCUUCCCGGGGUGGGCCUGAGCACCUCCCUCAAACCUCGUGUCAACUUCUCCCCUGUGGGAAUCCUGGGCACGAAGCGGCAGCAGUACCUCCACAGCCCACAGAUUCCCCUGGGCAUCCUGAAAGAGAAGGCCAUCAGCAUGCUCACUGAAGCCGUGCAGGGAGGGGGCACCCAUAUCCGAGACCCUGUAGGAGGAAGUGUGGAGUACCAGUUUGUUCCUAUACUAAAACUCAUCGGGACACUGCUGAUAAUGGGCGUGUUAACCAGCGAGGAGGUUCGACUCAUCCUGCUUCUGAUCGAUCCCAAUGUGUUCGGGGAGAGCAAAGAGGAGGAGGCCAAGGGAGAGGAGGUGGCCGUGGUGGCGGAGAAGGAGGAGACGAAUAAAAAUGAGGAGAAGGCUGUGGAGGCAGGAGAGGAGGAGAAAGAGGCUAAAGCACCUGUCAAGGGUCUGCUGGAAAAGUCUCUGCCCGAGUCCGUCAAACGCCAGAUGUGUGAGCUGCUGCAUUACUUCUGCGACUGUGAACUCAAACACCGCAUUGAGGCCAUCGUGUCCUUCUCAGAUCGUUUUGUUUCUAAGCUGCAGUUUAACCAGAAGUUCCGCUACAAUGAGCUAAUGCAAGCAUUCAACAUGUCUGCCGCCGUCACAGCCAAAAAGACCAAAGAGUUUCGUUCGCCUCCACAUGAGCAGAUCAACAUCCUGUUGAACUUCAGUGCAGGGGAUGACUGCCCCUGUCCCGAGGAGAUCCAGGAGGAACUUAACAGCUUUCAUGAAGAGCUACGAUUGCACUGUGGAAUUCCUGUGGAGGAGGAAGAAGAGGAGCCAGACACGUCGAUAAAGGGCCGUCUUCUUGCAUUGUUGUACAAGAUCAAGGGCCCACCUCAGAAACCAGAGGAAGAUCCUUCUGAAAAAGAACAGGCUGCUCCCACCAACCUGAAAGAACUGAUCUCCCAAACCAUCACCAGCUGGGCUCAGGAGAGUCACAUCCAGGAUCCAGAGCUGGUCAGGGUGAUGUUCAGCCUCCUCAGAAGACAGUAUGAUGGUAUCGGAGAGCUGCUGCGUGCCAUGAAGAAGUCCUACACCAUCAGUGCUGCCUCUGUGCAAGAUGCUAUCAACCUGUUGGCGUCUCUGGGUCAGAUCAGGUCCCUGCUGUCUGUGCGCAUGGGCACUGAAGAGGAGAAACUCAUGAUUGAUGGGCUUGGAGACAUUAUGAACAACAAAGUUUUCUAUCAACAUCCAAACCUGAUGAGAGUGCUUGGCAUGCAUGAGACUGUCAUGGAGGUCAUGGUCAAUGUGCUGGGAGGAGACAAGUCCCAGGAAAUUGCCUUCCCCAAAAUGGUGGCCAGCUGUUGUCGCUUCUUGUGCUACUUCUGUCGCAUCAGUCGUCAGAAUCAGAAAGCUAUGUUUGACCAUCUGAGCUACUUGUUGGAGAACAGCAGUGUUGGCCUGGCUUCUGAAGCAAUGCGAGGGUCCACCCCACUGGAUGUUGCAGCAUCAUCAGUGAUGGACAAUAAUGGGCUGGCUUUGGCAUUAGAGGAGCCUGACCUGGAGAAGGUGGUGACAUAUCUGGCAGGCUGUGGUCUUCAGAGCUGUGCCAUUUUGGUUGCCAAGGGUUACCCAGACCUCGGCUGGAACCCCAUUGAGGGAGAGCGCUACUUGUCUUUCCUGAGGUUUGCUGUCUUCUGUAAUGGUGAGAGCGUGGAGGAAAACGCUAACGUGGUGGUGAAGCUGCUGAUCAGGCGUCCGGAGUGUUUUGGCCCUGCACUGAGGGGGGAGGGAGGCCAAGGGCUGCUGGCUGCAAUGAAAGAAGCCAUCAAGAUCUCUGAGGAUCCAGCCCUGGAUCUCCCCCCGGCUGCAGCCACUGCAGGGUCUGGUGAAGAGGAGGAAGAAGUGAUUCACAUGGGCAACGCCAUUAUGUCCUUCUACUCUGCUCUCAUUGACCUGCUGGGCCGCUGCGCUCCUGAGAUGCAUUUAAUCAAUGCAGGCAAAGGAGAGGCUCUGCGAAUCCGAGCAAUCCUGCGCUCACUGGUCCCCACCUCAGACCUGGUUGGAGUCAUUAGCAUUCCUCUUAACAUGCCGGUGAUCAACAAAGAUGGUUCAGUGACUGAGCCUGAUAUGUCGGCCUGUUUCUGCCCGGACCAUAAGGCUCCCAUGGUGCUCUUCCUCGACAGAGUGUAUGGCAUUGAGGACCAGGCCUUUUUGCUCCAGAUGUUGGAGGUCGGCUUUUUGCCUGACCUUAGAGCCUCAGCUUCUCUGGAUACUGAGGCGUUGAGCACCACAGAGACAGCCCUGGCCAUGAACCGGUACAUUGGUUCUGCUCUGCUGCCCCUGCUGACCCGCUGUGCUCAUCUGUUUGCCAGCACCGAGCACUACGCUCAGCUCGUGGACUCCACACUCCAGACCAUCUACCGCCUGUCUAAAGGCCGCUCGCUCACCAAAGCCCAGAGGGACGCUAUUGAAGAGUGUCUGCUGGCUAUCUGCAAACAUCUCCGUCCAUCUAUGAUGCAGCAGCUUUUAAGACGACUUGUAUUUGAUGUUCCCAUGCUCUCGGAUUACUGCAAGAUGCCUCUUAAAUUGUUAACCAACCACUAUGAACAGAACUGGAAAUACUACUGUCUGCCCUCUGGGAUGGGAAGCUUAGGUUUAGCCUCUGAAGAGGAAUUACUUCUGACAAAGAAGCUAUUCUGGGGGAUUUUAGAAUCUCUCUCUCAGAAGAAGUAUGAUGCUGAGCUUUUCAAAAUGGCCAAGUCGUGUCUGUGUGCCAUUGCUGGAGCAUUGCCUCCUGACUUUGUGGAUACCACCCUUGGGGCUACAUUGGAAAAGCAGGCUUCAGUGGAUGCACACGGAAACUUUGACCCUAAACCAAUCGUCACUGCCAACAUCUCCCUUCCUGAAAAACUUGAGUACAUUGCCAACAAAUAUGCAGAGCAUUCCCAUGAUAAAUGGUCCUCAGAGAAGGUGUCAGCAGGCUGGAUACUUGGGGACAGUAUUGAUGAUCAGGCCAAAACACAUCCUCUGCUGAAGCCUUAUAAAUCUCUGAAUGAGAAGGAGAGGGAAACCUAUCGCUGGCCAGUGAAGGAGUCACUGAAGAGCAUGCUGACGAUGGGCUGGAAUAUUGAACGGACCAAGGAAGGAGAAGCCAUGUUCCAACAACGAGAAAGUGACAAGCAGAAGAAAACAGAAUCUGAGGUUAAUGAAUUCAGUCCUGCUCCAGUGGACCUGCACAAUGUCACUUUGUCAAGGGAGCUACAGGGCAUGGUUGAAGUAGUUGCAGAAAACUACCACAACAUUUGGGCUAAGAAGAAGAAGAUGGAGUUGAUGAGCAAAGGAGGAGGGAGCCACCCAUUGCUGGUUCCCUAUGACACCCUGACUGCCAAAGAGAAGCACAGAGACAGAGAGAAAGCCCAAGAGCUCUUUAAGUUCCUGCAGAUCAGCGGAUACGCUGUCACAAGGGGUAUGAAAGAUAUGGAGCAGGACUCGUCGUCUAUGGAGAAGCGCCAUGCCUACAAGUUUGUUAAGACACUGCUUAAAUAUGUGGAUUCUGCCCAAGAAUUCAUUGCUCAUCUUGAGGCUAUGGCGACUAGCGGGAAGACCGACAAAUCUCCACAUGACCAGGAAAUCAAGUUCUUUGCGAAGGUGUUGCUUCCACUCAUAGAUCAAGCUUUUAAGAACCACUUUCUUUAUUUCCUGUCUACACCCAAUGUGACCCUGAGCAGCUGUGGGUGUGCCUCUAAUAAGGAAAAGGAGAUGGUCACCAGCCUUUUCUGUAAGUUGGCAGCUCUUGUCAGACACAGGAUUUCUCUCUUUGGAAGUGAUUCUGCAAUCAUGGUGAGCUGUCUGGACAUCCUUGCGCGUUCACUCGACACAAGAACGGUGAUGAAGUCUGGUUCAGAACUGGUCAAGGCUGGAUUUCGGGCUUUCUUUGAGAAUGCAGCGGAAGAUCUGGAAAAGCUGCUGGAGAUGUUGAAACUGGGAAAGUUCCUCCAAUCACGUGCUCAAAUGAAGAGCGUCAGUCAGAGCAUCAACUAUGUGACUGUGGCCUUACUACCAGUUCUGGUGUCCAUCUUUGAGCACAUCACUACUUACGGGUUUGCGGCGGAUCUCCUGUUGGAUGAUCUACAGUUGUCCUGUUACCGAAUCCUCACAUGCCUGUACUCUCUCGGUACAGGAAAGAACAUCUUUAUGGAGAGACAUCUGCCUGCACUGGGAGAAAGCCUCGCCACCCUAGUAGGAGCUAUGCCUGUAGCGUUUUUAGAGCCGCCGCUGAAUGCUUACAACCCACUGUCAGUGUUCAACACCAAGACGCCCAGAGAGAGGGCCAUUCUGAGUAUGCCUGAUACGGUGGAGGAAAUGUGCCCAGAAAUGCCUUGCCUUGACAAACUGCUCAAGGAUGUGAACGACAUCUCUGAAACUGGAGCACGCUACAGCGACAUGCCACAGGUCAUUGAGGUGAUCCUCCCCAUGCUGUGCAACUACCUGUCUUAUUGGUGGGAGAAAGGUCCAGAGAACUCUCCUCCGGACACUGACUGCUGCACCAUGGUUACCUCUGAACACCUCAGCAUCAUCCUGGGAAACAUCCUCCGGAUACUCAAUAACAACUUAGGCACUGAAGACGCUCCGUGGAUGAAAAGAAUUGCAGUUUACUCGCAACCAAUUAUCUGCAAAGCUGGCGCUGACCUUCUUCGAAGUCAUUUCCUACCGACCAUGGACAAAUUGAGGAAGAAGACAGUGAAGGUUGCUUCUGAAGAGGAGCUGUUAAAGGCUGAUGGCAAAGGAGAUAACCAGGAGGCAGAGCUGCUUAUUCUGGACGAGUUUGCCGUCCUCUGCAGGGACCUCUAUGCCUUCUACCCCAUGCUCAUACGUUAUGUAGAUAAUAACAGGUCUCGAUGGCUGAAGGAACCCGAUGAGCACUCCACAGAGCUUUUCCGAAUGGUUGCAGAGAUCUUCAUUCUGUGGUGCAAGUCAAAUAACUUCAAGCGGGAAGAACAAAACUUUGUGGUGCAGAAUGAGAUUAAUAACUUGGGCUUCCUCACUGGAGAAGGCAAGGCAAAGAUGUCAAAGUCAGGUGGGGACCAGGAGAGAAAACACAAACGUCGUCGUGGUGAAUAUUACUCCAUCCAGACAUCACUCAUCGUAGCUGCUCUGAAGAAGAUGCUGCCUGUGGGCUUAAACAUGUGCACUCCUGGAGACCAGGAGCUCAUCUCGCUGGCCAAAAUACGCUACAGUCUGAAAGAUACUGACGAUGAGGUGAAAGACCAUUUACGCCAGAAUCUUCAUCUCCAAGAUAAGUCGGAUGACCCAGCGGUCCAGUGGCAGCUGAACUUGUAUAAAGAUGUGGUUGUAAAGAGUGAAGAAUCAGCCAACCCAGAGCACACAGUGGAUCGUGUGCAAAGCAUCUCUGCUGCUGUUUUUCACCUGGAGCAGGUGGAGCAGCCUUUGAGGAAUAAGAAGUGCGUGUGGCACAAGUUGCUGUCCAAACAGCGCAAACGUGCUGUAGUGGCCUGUUUCCGCAUGGCCCCUCUGUACAAUCUGCCUAGGCAUCGUGCUAUCAACUUCUUCAUCCCAGCCUAUCAGAGACUAUGGAUAGAGACAGAGGAGUACUCCUUUGAGGAAAAACUAGUGCAGGAUCUGGCAGUAAGUACUGGGCUUGUCUUGCCCUCGUCCUGUGUGCCCUGCAUUGGCACCCCUCUGCCAGUCCUGUCUGCUGAAUGCUUCUUAAGGCCUGUGCCCGUUGAGCCGUGGGAGCGUGUUCGUGUGGGAGGCUGGGCCAAAGCACCCCGGGGCGCCCCAUGUAGGCGGGCCAGACCCUUCACACACAGGUCCGUCAAGGGCCAGAGACUGCAUGACCAACUCAGGAGACACAGGGCCCGCUCCAGCGCUCUCAGAUGUAGGAAAGCAGGCUAUGCCUUUGUGACAGUGAAAACCCCAGUCAAGAUGGGGGAAGAGGAGGAAGAGGAGGUGGCUGAAGUUCAGCCGGAUCCUCUUCAGCAACUCAUCCUCCAUUUCAGCCACAACGCCCUGACAGAGAGAAGUCACUUGGAAGAAGACCCUUUGUAUAUUGCAUACGCAGACAUGAUGGCAAAGAGCUGUGCAGAAGAUGAAGAAGAAGAAGAGGAAGAAGGCAAAGAAAAGACAUUUGAGGAAAAAGAGAUGGAAAAGCAGAAGAUCCUGUAUCAGCAGGCAAGGUUGCAUGCCCGUGGGGCUGCAGAGAUGGUGCUACAGAUGAUCAGUGCCAGUAAAGGUCGAUUGGGCCCUAUGGUAACCUGCACCCUCAAACUGGGCAUUGCCAUUUUAAAUGGAGGCAAUGUGCAUGUCCAACAGAAAAUGCUUGAUUAUUUGAAAGAAAAGAGAGAUGCUGGCUUUUUCAAGAGUCUAUCAGGACUUAUGCAGUCAUGCAGUGUCCUGGACUUGAACGCCUUUGAGAGACAGAAUAAAGCAGAAGGACUUGGGAUGGUGACAGAGGAAGGUUCAAUCCACACUCAGCGGGGUUCCAAAGUACUACAAAAUGAUGACUUUACCAAAGACUUAUUCCGAUUUUUGCAACUUCUGUGUGAGGGGCACAAUGGAGAUUUCCAGAACUUCCUGAGAACACAAACUGGAAACACCACCACAGUGAACAUAAUCAUCAGCACAGUGGACUACCUGCUGCGUCUGCAGGAAUCUAUCAGUGACUUUUACUGGUACUAUUCUGGUAAAGACGUGAUAGACGACAUCGGAAAGCUCAACUUCUCCAAAGCUCUGGAUGUGGCCAAACAGAUCUUCAACUCCCUCACAGAAUAUAUUCAGGGUCCAUGUAUUGGAAAUCAGCAGAGUCUGGCGCACAGCAGGCUCUGGGAUGCUGUCGUGGGCUUCUUACAUGUAUUUGCUAACUUGCAAAUGAAGCUGUCACAGGAUUCCAGUCAAAUUGAGCUGCUGAAGGAGCUGAUGGAUUUACAAAAAGACAUGGUGGUGAUGUUACUGUCUCUACUUGAGGGCAAUGUGGUUAAUGGAACAAUUGGAAAGCAGAUGGUGGACACCUUGGUGGAGUCUUCAAGCAAUGUGGAGAUGAUCCUGAAGUUCUUUGACAUGUUCCUGAAGCUGAAGGACUUGACUACGUCUGACAACUUUAAAGAGUACGACCCAGAGUGCAAGGGCCUCAUUUCAAAGAAGGAGUUUCAGAAGUCUAUGGAGAGCCAGAAGCAGUACACUCAGUCUGAGAUUGAGUUCCUGCUCUCCUGUGCGGAGGCCGAUGAGAACGAUAUGUUCAACUACAAAGAGUUUGUGGAGCGCUUCCAUGAACCAGCCAAAGAAAUCGGCUUUAACGUGGCCGUGCUGCUGACGAAUCUGUCGGAGCACAUGCCUCACGACUCUCGCCUGGGCAGCUUCCUGGACGUGGCUGAGAGUUUGCUGGGGUACUUUGAGCCGUAUCUGGGCCGCAUCGAGAUCAUGGGCAGUGCCAAGCGCAUCGAGAGGGUUUACUUUGAGAUCAGCGAGUCGAGUCGAGAACAGUGGGAGAAGCCACAGGUCAAAGAGUCCAAGCGACAAUUCAUCUUUGACGUGGUGAACGAGGGCGGGGAGAGCGAGAAGAUGGAGAUGUUUGUCAACUUCUGUGAGGACACUAUAUUUGAGAUGCAGCUGGCGUCUCAGAUAUCAGAGCCCGACGAGGUGGAGCAGGUUGAAGAGGAGGAAGAGGAGGAGGGACACAGCUUCCUGGAGGAUGAAGAGGAGGCAGAGUCUGUGUCAGCUUUUACUAGCGCCUGCCGCUCCGUCAAGAACAAGAUCUCCAGUGUGCAGCAGAUUUUCUCACUGAAAAACUUGCGCAAACAGUUCAAAAAAGUACGAAAGCUGAGCAUUAAAGAGGUGAUCACCGGCUUCUUCUCCUUUUUCUGGAUGCUCUUCAUUGGCUUCUUUAAGGGCAUCUUUGGCCUCAUCUUCGGAUUCUUCCACCUCAUCUGGUCCUCUAUGUUUGGAGGCGGCCUGGUGGAGGGAGCCAAAAACAUCAAGGUGACAGACAUUCUCGGUAACAUGCCCGACCCAACCCAGUUCGGAAUCCAUGGAGACGUGACAGAGGGGGAGAAAGUGGAGGCGCUGGAGUCAUCGGGCAGUUUGGACGCCUCUUUGACACCCACCGGAGACGUUCCAGAGGCCGAGCUGAUGAUGGAGCUACUGGGAGCGCCUAAAAAAGAAGGAGGGAAACACGUGGAGCCCGGCCUGGGAGAUGUGUCCGAGCAGAGCGAGGGAUCAGCGGCCAGCAAGAGGAAAAGUGUAUCCAAACCCGUCGAGAAAACAGAGAGUGAGCCAGAGAAAGCUGACACCGAGAACCAAGAGAAAGAGGACAAACCAAAGGAGGAGGAGGCCCAGGAGCCAGCAGCAGAGGAGAAACCUAAAGCUAAAUCCGCCGCCCCCAAAGAAGCAUCUCCUGCCUUCAUGUCCAGUGUGUUCGCUGUUCUGGACAUCUAUCUGACCAAAUCUCUGAAUUACCUUGCUCGAAACUUCUACAACCUCCGUUUCCUGGCCUUGUUUGUGUGCUUUGCCAUCAACUUCAUUCUGCUCUUCUACAAGGUGACGGGAGAGGCUGAUGAGGACGACUCGGACGAGGGCAGCUGGGGAGGUGAUGAAGAGGAUGAGGAUGAUGAGAAUACACUGUUCGACAUGGAUGAGUUUGUACUUCAGGAGAGCACUGGAUACAUGUUACCUACUCUGCGCUUCUUGGCCGUCUUCCACACUGUCAUAUCACUGCUGUGUCUGUUUGGAUACUACUGCCUCAAGGUGCCUUUGGUGGUGUUUAAAAGAGAGAAGGAGAUUGCCCGUAAACUUGAGUUUGACGGUUUGUACAUCACAGAGCAGCCCUCGGAUGACGACAUCAAGGGCCAAUGGGAUCGUCUGGUCAUCAACACUCCGUCUUUCCCUAAUAACUACUGGGACAAGUUUGUCAAAAGAAAGGUGAUUAACAAGUACGAAGACCUGUACGGGGCUGAACGCAUCGCUGAGCUGCUGGGCCUGGACAAGAGCGCUCUGGACUUUGACCCGACUGUGGAGACGGUGGAGAGAGAAGCCUCCCUCAUGUCCUGGCUGAGCUCCAUUGACACCAAGUACCACAUCUGGAAAAUGGGUGUAGUUCUGACAGACAAUUCCUUCCUGUAUCUCAUCUGGUACACCACCAUGUCAAUCUUUGGACACUUCAACAACUUCUUCUUCGCUGCUCACCUGCUCGACAUCGCUAUGGGCUUCAAGACCCUGCGCACCAUCCUGUCCUCUGUCACGCACAACGGCAAACAGCUGGUGCUGACGGUGGGGCUGCUGGCCGUGGUGGUCUAUCUCUACACUGUGGUGGCCUUCAACUUCUUCAGGAAGUUCUACAACAAAAGUGACGAGGACGAGCCCGACAUGAAGUGCGACGACAUGAUGACGUGUUACCUGUUCCACAUGUACGUGGGCGUGAGAGCCGGAGGGGGUAUUGGAGACGAGCUGGAGGAUCCCGCAGGAGACCCCUAUGAACUGUACCGCAUCCUCUUCGACAUCACCUUCUUCUUCUUCGUCAUCGUCAUCCUGCUCGCCAUCAUUCAGGGUUUGAUCAUUGACGCCUUUGGUGAGCUGAGAGACCAGCAGGAGCAGGUGAAGGAGGACAUGGAGACCAAAUGCUUCAUCUGUGGCAUUGGAAACGACUACUUUGAUCGAACGCCUCACGGUUUUGAAACUCACACUUUACAAGAGCACAACCUCGCCAACUACCUGUUCUUCCUGAUGUACCUGAUCAACAAAGACGAGACUGAGCACACGGGACAGGAGUCCUACGUGUGGAAGAUGUACCAGGAGAGGUGCUGGGACUUCUUCCCGGCCGGAGACUGCUUCAGGAAACAAUACGAGGACCAGCUGGGCUAAAGCGGACUCCAAACCCUUUGGACCAGAGACGACGUCGCAGCGUUUACGAACCCGAUGAACUCCAAAAAAAACAAAAAAACAACCCGGACU